AUGAAAAUGACAAGCCAUGAUGAACACCCCGGAAAAUUUAACUCGAAUCAUUGGGAAGUGGAAAGACGUGAUGCAGAGAGAAAUUCAUCAUUGAAAAAAAGAAAUAAAAAAGCAAAUGAUUUCAAUGACUUUAGUAGUUUGCUUAGUUACGAAGGGAAAUUGAUAUAUUGGAAAGUUGAGUAG